AUGUUUCGCUCUCGCACACGGACCCUUGACGAGCCACAGUCGUCUCUCACAUCAGGCAUGGCUUCGAUCAUCAGUGGAAAGCCUUGUCAACUAUCCCCACCACUCACACCCCAAGAUGUUCCUGAAGAUUAUUUUGAACAUCAUAAUCCGAUUAUCCAUGCUCCAGUCUCACCUAUACAAUCUCCAGUUGAUCUAAAACCGAGACAAAUCAAUGCAGAACCCCUCACACUCGAAGCAGUAUCAGCUAUAAUUGCUUCUGCUGUCCACAUGUCUACCUCUGGUGGUGCCCCAUCCUCUCUUUCUUCUGGAAUGGCUUCAAUUGUCCCUAAAAAUACUUCCCCGACUCACAAUUCCCCAGAAGAUCUAAAACCAAGUCGAAGAAGGUUCUUUUCGAUUGGCUGGAAGUCAAAGAAUCAAGACAAGCAAGUUCAGCGAGAACUCAGUGAUGAAGCCAGCCAAACGAGUGGAUCCUCCAAAGAAUCCAAUAAUGGCUCCCCUCGCUCCUCUUCUGCCUCUGCUACUUCUCCGUACAAUUCACCUCGUCUCAAUGAUACGUUAAGUACACCACCAGUAGAAUCAGAAUUCCACGCAAAUCAAAACUUACCGGAUGACGGUCGGGAUGAGCUCAUCUACCGAGGCAUCCAAAUCAAAGAAAUCAAAACCACCCUAAAGACCAUGGUGAUCCCCGAUCAUGUUCGCAAUCCUGUAACACACGUCAAGCUAGAACGACCAGGAUUUGCUCGUAUUAAUUAUUGA